CACACUUUAGAUAAGGACAAUUAGUCACCAGCGAGACCCUGUAGGAAGAGAGGUUUAAAUCAGAGGGAUUUAAUGAGGGUGCUCUGUGCCUUCCCUGAAGCCAUGCCCUCCAGCAACUCCCGCCCCCCCGCGUGCCUAGCCCCGGUGGCUCUCUUCUUGGCUCUGUUGCUCCAUCGCUCCCUUUCCUCCCAAGCUGGAGACAGGAGACCCUUGCCUGUAGACAGAGCUCCAGGUAUGAAGGAAAAGACCCUGAUUCUACUUGAUGUGAGCACCAAGAACCCAGUCAGGACAGUCAAUGAGAACUUCCUCUCUCUGCAGCUGGAUCCGUCCAUCAUUCAUGAUGGCUGGCUCGAUUUCUUAAGCUCCAAGCGUCUGGUGACCCUGGCCCGGGGACUUUCGCCCGCCUUUCUGCGCUUCGGGGGCAAAAGGACCGACUUCCUGCAGUUCCAGAACCUGAGGAACCCGGCAAAAAGCCGUGGGGGUCCCGGCCCGGAUUACUAUCUCAAAAACUAUGAGGAUGACAUUGUUCGAAGUGAUGUUGCCUUGGAUAAACAGAAAGGCUGCAAGAUUGCCCAGCACCCUGAUGUUAUGCUGGAGCUCCAACGGGAGAAGGCAGCUCAGAUGCAUCUGGUUCUUCUAAAGGAGCAAUUCUCUAAUACUUACAGUAAUCUUAUAUUAACAGCCAGGUCUCUAGACAAACUUUAUAACUUUGCUGAUUGCUCUGGACUCCAUCUGAUAUUUGCUCUAAAUGCACUGCGUCGUAAUCCCAAUAACUCCUGGAACAGCUCUAGUGCCCUGAGUCUGUUGAAGUACAGCGCCAGCAAAAAGUACAACAUUUCUUGGGAACUGGGUAAUGAACCAAAUAACUAUCGGACCAUGCAUGGCCGGGCAGUAAAUGGCAGCCAGUUGGGAAAGGAUUACAUCCAGCUGAAGAGCCUGUUGCAACCCAUCCGGAUUUACUCCAGAGCCAGCUUGUAUGGCCCUAAUAUUGGGCGGCCCAGGAAAAACGUCAUCGCCCUUCUAGAUGGAUUCAUGAAGGUGGCAGGAAGCACAGUGGAUGCAGUUACCUGGCAACAUUGCUACAUUGAUGGCCGGGUGGUCAAGGUGAUGGACUUCCUGAAAACUCGCCUGUUAGACACACUCUCUGACCAGAUUAGGAAAAUUCAGAAAGUGGUUAACACAUACACCCCAGGAAAGAAGAUUUGGCUUGAAGGUGUGGUGACCACCUCAGCUGGAGGCACAAACAAUCUAUCAGAUUCCUAUGCUGCAGGAUUCUUAUGGUUGAACACUUUAGGAAUGCUGGCCAAUCAGGGCAUUGAUGUUGUGAUUCGGCACUCAUUUUUUGACCAUGGAUACAAUCACCUUGUGGACCAGAAUUUUAACCCAUUACCAGUAAGCGACUAUUGGCUCUCUCUCCUUUACAAGCGCCUCAUCGGCCCCAAAGUCCUGGCCGUGCAUGUGGCUGGGCUCCAGCGAAAGCCCCGGCCAGGCCGAGUGAUCCGGGACAAACUAAGGAUUUAUGCUCACUGCACUAACCACCACAACCACAACUAUGUUCGAGGGUCCAUUACACUUUUUAUCAUCAACUUGCACCGAUCAAGAAAGAAAAUCAAACUGGCCGGGACUCUCAGGGACAAGCUCGUGCACCAGUAUCUGCUGCAGCCCUAUGGACAGGAGGGCCUGAAGUCCAAGUCAGUGCAGCUGAACGGCCAGCCCCUGGUGAUGGUGGACGAUGGGACCCUCCCAGAACUGAAGCCCCGCCCCCUGCGGGCCGGCCGGACAUUGGUCAUCCCUCCAGUCACCAUGGGCUUUUAUGUGGUCAAGAACGUCAAUGCUUUGGCCUGCCGCUACCGAUAAAUCCCCUUACACUCACAAGUCACCAGCAGGCCUGCCAGACUACUUUCCACUCUUCUGCCCUAAUGGUAUCAGUAUUUUUUCAGGCAUCUUCUGAGCAACCAACCAGUCUCUGCCAGCCCAUCCUGCUGGAAUCAACACUGGCACGCUCUCCAAAGAGACAAAUACCCUAGCAUGAGCUUAGCCUAGGUAGGUCACUCCCGCCCCAAGGGAAGAGGUGGACAUCAGCGGUACCUGUGUUAGCACGAAGGCGUGUGUAAAGCUGUGUGCAGCCUUGUACAUGCACCAUGAGAACAAGCUGACGGUGCAAGCCCAGAACAGAUACAACAGCUCCCCACAUCCUGCUCACAUAGCAGUGUAACUACAGACCUUGGCCUGUGGCUGCUGCCCUCAGCAGAUGAGGAAGGAGAAAACCCUGUGGACCUUCGGCAGCCCAGUCCUGCCUAACUCCUUUCCUUUGUCUGUUCCCUGCUGUUGCCUUGGGUUUCAUAUCACCUCUCCUCCCGUAGGGGAGCAAGCGGGUGAGUCCGUGCUGGCCUGCUGGGCGAGCUGUUUAUGUAAUUUCCUGGCUGAUGUAUGAGUGUGUGCAUCUGGGUUUCUGACAGUGGCAUCAAUCACUAGCUAUUCCUCUGGGAAGCGGGUGCUUCUAAAGUAAAAUUGUAAUCAUACUCCAGA